UUUUUAAAUGAAUGACAUUUAGUUAAAGCGAAAUUAUUAUAAACAUAAACAAUGGAAAAGUCUGCUGCGGAGAAACUUGCUGAUCGCAAAGCUCGCCUUCUGAAUCUUCACAAGAAACGCCAAGAGGCGCGCACAGAUAAUCACCAGGAAGUUGUGGCCGAGGAUGCCCGCAAGAAAUUGCCCAACAAUUGGGAGGCAAGGAAGCGCCAGGCCGAGUGGCUCCUGGCAGAUGACAAGGCCCGCGCAGAUGCCCAGGCGGCUGGACAAGAUUACGAACGUCUGAAACUUUUGGAAGUCUCAGCUAUUGAUGCGGAACGCAUUGAAAAGAAACAGAGACGUAAAGACAAUCCAGAUCUGGGCUUCUCCACAUACGAGGCCCAAACAGCCAGACAAUACAAUCGUCUGGUAAAAAAUAUGGCACCGCGUGAUAUGGAGAAAUACGAGCGUCAGAAGGCUGAACUGGGCGAGGCAUUCUAUGGUGGCUCACACACCACAUUGCACUCACAAACAAAGGACACACCAGGAGCCAUCAACAAUAUGGUCAAGGAUCUGGAACAACAGAUCGAUCGCAGGAAGAAAUACUCUCGACGACGCAUCUACAACGACGAUGCCGAUGUGGACUUCAUCAAUGAGCGUAACUCCAAGUUCAACAAGAAGCUGGAUCGUUUCUAUGGCGAACACACUGCUGAAAUCAAACAGAAUUUGGAAAGAGGAACGGCCAUAUAAGAGAACAAACGAAAUCCUAAUAAAUCUAGUUAAGAUUAGAUUAAGACAUGUAGAUGCAAUUGUUUCAAAUCAUAGAGUUAAGAUGACCAGAGUGAGUCAUAUAUCUGUACAGAUUUCUGUUGGAUUAUCUUUAAUAAAUAUCCAAUACUGCA